AGGUCACCGAGCAGUUCAUUGUACAAUGCCACCAAGACUUCGCUCCUUACUCGGCGAUCCAACGGCCAGCUUUCGCUCGCGCGAGCAAGCACUCGCCAUACCUCUCAUUAUGGACCGCAAGCUAGACUUGUUGGUCAUCAUGCCAACGGGUAUGGGCAAGAGUGUGCUCUUUUCUUUGCCCCCGCUCCUUGAGGAAGACAAACUCACGAUCGUCUUUGUUCCUCUUGUGGCGCUGGUCGCUGACCACAUGCGUCGUUUGACAGAAUGCGGCAUUUCU